GCCAGUGAAUCUUAUUUGUUUGAGGUUGAUUUUUUUUUGUUUGAACAGCUGCCAUUGCUCACAGGGCAUUUACGAUAAGAGGUAACAAAAUAUAUCUUAGAAACCUAUUUUUUUGCUACGCUAAAAAUGUGAAUAUGUUUGGGAACAACCCAGUUAUCACAGAGAAGUCCGUCGCCCCUUUGAGUUAGUAUACCGAAUUCCGAAUAAAAAUCAUGACUGAGUACAGUUCCCAGAGCCAAACUGAAAGUGAUAGCGAUGAGGGACCGGAACCGGAUGUGGAGCAGGCCAGGACCCGGGGUUCCUCGGAUGAUCUGACCAGCAACGAGUGGCUGAGCCUGCACGGAUUUCCAUCCGGCGCCGAAGACGAAUUGCUGGCCAUUUUCUCUCGCUUCUGUUCGAUGAACUCGCAUCGCAAAAGGGAGAAUGGUCUAGAGAUGAGAUUCGCAUCCGCGGAGCAUCUGCAGCAGGGCGUUCUAAUGGCCAAGCGUCUGGUGGUGUGCAACAUGCAGAUGCAGUGGCAUGUGGGUCGUCUGGAGGAUCCAUCCCUUAAUCCCAAGCCUUCGGGCGGUGGACUUGGCGUUUUUGGCAAAUUGCGAAGGGCAUUCGCCAAUUACUUUCACUAGCAUUACCAUUACUAUUGUUCAAAGGAACUGUUGCAGUCGUUUCAUUAUGUAAAAGCUAGGAAUGGAAGGAACUUGCUAUAUUUGCUAAUACAAAACAUUCAUUAAUUACCAGCUAAGUCUUAUAAUUAGCUCGUCCCACGAUAAUUGGCUGCGAAAUCUUAAAACUUAAAACAUUCAAUAUUACACAAUAGGGGUCCUUGGGGAAAUUGUUCCCUGUGGGUGGAAUGUAAUUGCCUUUCAAGGCCAGAAAACUAAAUGUGAUUUCCACCCACAUAAUCCAUUUAAUUAAGUGCGACUAAAAAUCAACAUAACGUGCAUUUGCCGUUCAAUAUGGUAAUUUAAAACCCAGACAACAAGUUGCUGAUCACAUAAAAGUCUUGCAAACCCAGCCACCCCAUCCAAAGCCCACCCCCUAAAACCCCCCUGCUGGCGCCCACAUAAGGCCGAAAAUGAAAUGGAAAUUUUUCAGAGAGCAAAAAUGAAAAAAAAAAAUAAUAAUAAAUGCCGCCAUAAAUAAUAUGCUCAUAUUGCGGACUCUUCAAUUAAAACUCAUUAACAUAAUGGCCUAAAACAGCACUCGACUAACUGUCGGCUGAAUGUGACAAAAAUAAAGCAAUAACAGUGGCGGCGACUGCUAUUCGUGCUAAGGGGGGCAGGGGGUUCCCAGAAGGGGGUUGUCUGCCUUCAAAGUAAAUUUACUUGUCAGUGUCGACGCGUGUAAUUUAUGCAAAUUUUAUGCGCACACCACCAAAAAGCAAAGCACCAAAAAAAAAGGAAAAAAUACAAAUUUAACUACAGCCAGCGAAAAACAGACAAA